UACAAGAUCGCUGUUACAGUUCAGAGUGCGCUGACGCACGCACAGCGCGCCACAUACAGACACACAUACACUAUAUAUAAAUAAAAUACGAAGUAUUUGUGCUGUGGUGAAGAAAAAGUGUUGUAGCUAUAUAAGACUUGCAACUUUACAGUUGGUAGAUAGUAAUAGUGAAGUGAAAGCAAUGAAUAAAUAUAGAUAAUGUUAAUGGAGUCGCCAUGAGCGGUCCAGCGAUGAAGAAAGAACCAAAAAACAAGAUGACAGACUCUGGUGUGGAAGAAUUCAAUCUUGAUGGCAUACUGAGCGAACUGGGCAGUUUCGGCAAAUACCAACUGUUCCUGCUCCUGCUCCUCGCCUUCAGGGACUCUUUUCUCAGCAUGUGUAACUUCAACUACGUCUUCACCGCCGCCGAGGUCAACUUCAGAUGCAGAAUAUCCGAAUGCGACGGCAACAGUACAGUAUACAAUACAACAUGGGCAAGUUAUGCUCUAUCUAACGUGUCUGUGUGUGAGCGACCUUCCUCGCUAGGUGACACCUCCGAUGUCUGCACUGCCAAAACAUUUAGCGCUGAUAGAAUGCCCUGUGAAGAUAUCAUCUAUGAAGAUUAUAACAGCAUCGUGGCUGAGUUUAAUCUGGGCUGCCAGCCAUGGAAGCGCACUCUCAUUGGUACCGUCCAUAACCUCGGUCUAGUCUUCUCGUUUGUUGUAUCUGGAUUCAUAUCAGAUAGGUAUGGAAGGAAAGUAAUCAUCGUGGGUACACCGCUCAUGGUGGCCAUAGCAGGACUCUUGAAGUCCUUUGCCACCAACUAUUGGACACUUCUGGUUCUAGAGUUUUUAGAAACUGCUCUGGGGUAUGGAAAUGCGUCUAUGGUUUUGUCUCUUGAAACUGUGAGUCAGAAGAGUCGUGUUGCUUUUUCGUGUAUAUCAGAUAUUCUCUCGACACUGGGUGGAGCGUUCUUUGGUCUCAUUGCGUGGAAGAUUCCUUACUGGAGGCACAUGAUGUGGGCUAUUUAUGCACCACUGUUGAUUGUGGUGUUCUACAUAUUUCUAGUCGACGAAGGUGUAAGAUGGCUUUUUGCUCACAAUAGGAAGGAAGAAGCAGUCCGUAUUUUAAAUAAAGUAGCCAAAAUUAAUAAUAUCACGCUGUCAAACACAGCUAAAGAAAUGCUUGCGAAAAUUACUGAAGAAAAAGCUAAGGCUAAUGAGGCUGGACCUACGCAAGCAACAGAGGCAAGCAUCCUCUCAGCUCUUAGAUCCAAGAAAAUGAUUUUGCGGAUAGCUUUGAUAGCAGCUUGCUCGUUCUGCUGUAUGUUCGUCUACAACGGCGCUAUCAUCAACUCCACCAACAUCUCCGGUAGUAAAUACCUGAACUACUCCAUCAUGCAGCUCGUAGCUGUCCCCACAAGAGUCAUCAUCGCCUUCACUCUCACCAGGUUUGGGAGGAAGACACCCAUCUGUGUCGCGUACUGUUUCUGUGCGAUGUUCUUUAUUGCGUCCGCUUUUGUUCCUAAAUCUAUCGGGUGGACUUCAGUAUUAUUUUAUCUGGCGGGCAAGAUGUGCAGUAGCUACGGGAUAUUCUCCUUCAGUGUGGUAGCGAUGGAAGUUUUUCCAACUACCUCACGCAACUCGCUAACCAACGUAUCUAAUACAGUCGGCCGACUUGGCUCAGUGUUGGCACCGCAAACUCCUCUUCUUGCAAAGUACAUGUCGGGGCUGCCGAGUAUAGUAUUCGGUUUGGUAGCAUUGGGUCCAGCUGGGCUGGCUUUGUUACUACCUGACACCAGUCGCUGUCCACUGCCGGAUCGGGUAGAGGAAGCUGAAAAGAUUGACGAAGUAACAAACGAUGAAACUGAAACUCGAGUGACGAGUGUAGUGACGGCGUAGCGAUAGCCUAGCAUCGUGGAUGCUAUAAAAACUUGAGUAAAAGUGUCAAGUGUACUUGAAGUUGAGAUUGAACUAUGAAGUCUAGUUUAUUCAUGUUUACCUACAAUGAAUAUCCAGUAAGUAAUGAUAAGAGACUGAAAAGCAAUGAUGAUAAUUGAUGAAAAAUUAAUUAAUAAUGAUGCCAUACGAGUACCAGGCCAUAAAUUCAGAAAGUGAAAAAAUAGAUCUUUCAGAUUCGGCUUAGAUUCGGUCAUAUUUAUUAUAUAUUAUCUGAUAUUAUGAAUGUUACUAAUUGUAUGAUAAUUAUAAU